ACACAGAGUUCGCGGAGGAAUUUCUCUUUGCUGCGGCCACGUUAAGAUGCUGCCAUCACCAGAUACCUGAACAUCGAGCUCAACUAGUUGCUUCGACCUCCGAGGUCGUAUUGUUUUUCUGUGUUGGGUGGACAAAGGAUGGAUCUUGAUACAGCGUUAGCAGAGUUGAGAGUACUCGCGGCCGUCUCCGAAGCUCGCCGUGAAUUACUCCUUGAAACACGCAGAAACAUGAAUAAUGAAAACCGGACCCACAGGCUGAGCUUGCACGUGGGUGGAGCAAGACGCUACAAAUGUUUUCAGGAUAAAACUGUACCUUUGAUUAGUAUCCGGAAAGCUUUCCCGAACUUGUGUCAACCGAGCAGAUCAGCCUCCUUCUCGAGGAAUCGGCAUUUAUUCAUGCCAUACGAGCAGCCUCGACCGUCUAUGGCUCAUCCGCACAGAGUCACGGCACUUUGCGUGCAAUCGCCCAACAUAGGAACUCUGCAACUACCUCAGCUCCCACAAAACAAGUCUAAUCCCCCAUCUCCUGUGAAGAACAACCCUCAUGCUUUCGGAGUCAACGGCGGUCCACUUGUCCGUUCGAAGAGUUUGGACAACAUCGCUCUGUGCCCUCUGGAUGAGAUACGUACGGUCGACAAAAUAGUUGAUUCCGUUUCGAGUAAAAUCAGUAAUUUACAAUUGACCGCCAACUAG